CGUUAUGCAGGCUGGAUAAUAAAAAAAAAAAGAAAAAGCUCUCCGGUUGUGUGUUGUCAGGUGGUUUUAGUACAUAGUUGGUGUAGGCAGGCCUAACCUUUCCUUUACGCAGACACAAUCGAUAGUGAGAUAAGAGGCAGGCUGUUUGAGCUGCUCUGUUAGUGUCACGGGGGUGUGUUUAAAGAGAAAAAAAAAAAAAUCACGCAUAUCUAGUUUUUUCUUUUCUUUACUCAACGCCACAGAGGAGGAGAGACCCAGCAGACACUGUCCACACACACUGCGCCGGGUCGGGAGGACGAGCACCGUGAGGAGCGUCUGAAGAAAAAGUUUCAAUGGUUUUCCGAAAGUUGCCCGGUGUGUCUGCAUCGGGCAUGGGUCUGCGCCUGUCCCAGAAAUUCGUCUUUCUGCUCUUCCUCUCCGGGUUGGUAACGCUGUGCUUCGGGGCCCUUUUCUUUCUGCCCGACUCCGUGCGCCUAAAACGCAUCUUUCUAUCCAAGACGGAGACCCAGCCGGUCACUGUGGGCUCCGGCUCCGGCUCCGAGAACGAUGCCAGGGAGCACCUGAAGAGACCCAAGGAGCAGGAGGGACACCCGCGGGGCAUGACCUCCGCCAAAGGGGAGACCAGCACCAGGCUGAGGAGCCUGAGCCGCAAGCCGCCCGUCUCUCAUGAGGCCACCGAGGCGCGGCUCGCCGGGGGAGCGCAGGAGGACUUCACCCUGCCCCGGAUGAGGACGGAGUCCGCCUCGGUGAAAGCCAAAACCUCCUCGGACCAGGGUGCCACCUCGGAUACUUUCAGUUACAUUAAGUUCAAAGGGUGUCUGCUCAAACCCCCGCUGGGAGCGGACAACGGCAGGACCAGUGACCCCCAGACCAACGAGCGCAGGGAGAAAGUCAAAGAGAUGAUGAAGUUUGCCUGGGACAACUACAAGCGCUACGCCUGGGGCAAGAACGAGCUUCGGCCUUUGACGAGAAACGGGCACAUCGGCAACAUGUUUGGUGGCCUGAGAGGAGCCUCCAUCAUUGACUCACUGGACACACUGUAUAUUAUGGGACUGAUGGAAGAAUAUAACGAUGCCAAGGAGUGGGUGCAGACCAGCCUGGACCUAAACUCGAACGGCGAGGCGUCCCUCUUUGAGGUGAACAUCCGUUACGUUGGCGGCUUGCUGUCGGCGUACUACCUGACAGGAGAGGAGAUGUACAAAAGUAAAGUAAUGGAGCUGGGAGAGAAGCUGCUGCCUGCCUUCAACACGCCAACAGGAAUCCCCCGAGGAGUCAUCAACCUGGGGAGUGGCACCAGUUGGAGUUGGGGCUGGGCCUCAGCCGGGAGCAGCAUCCUGGCUGAGUUCGGGACUCUUCAUCUCGAAUUUGUCCAUCUGUCGGAGCUCUCCAGGAAUCCCAUCUACACAGAGAAGGUGAUGAACAUCAGAAAACUACUGAACAAGAUUGAAAAACCCCACGGCCUGUACCCCAACUUCCUCAGUCCAGUCAGCGGCAACUGGGUCCAACAUCACGUUUCCAUCGGUGGCCUCGGGGAUAGUUUCUACGAGUAUCUGAUCAAAUCAUACCUGAUGUCAGACAAGACGGACGAAGACGCGAAGAAGAUGUACUACGGUGCGAUGGAGGCGAUUGAAGCCAACCUGGUGCAAAAGUCCCCCGGUGGUCUCACCUACAUGGCCGAGUGGAGGGGAGGGAUCCUGGACCAUAAGAUGGGCCACCUGGCCUGCUUCUCCGGGGGCAUGAUCGGCAUCGGGGCUGACGAUGGAGCGCCGGAGAAGAGGCAACACUUCCUGGACCUGGCUGCUGAGAUCACGCACACGUGCCACGAGAGCUACACUCGUUCAGCUACCAAACUGGGACCUGAGGCGUUCAGAUUUGACGGCGGAGGAGAAGCAACAGCAACCAGGCUGAGCGACAGAUAUUACAUCCUACGACCAGAAGUCAUCGAGAGCUACAUGUACAUGUGGAGACUGACCCACGACCCCAAGUACAGAGAGUGGGGUUGGGAAGCUGUUGAGGCCCUGGAGCAACACUGCAGAGUGGAGUCAGGCUUCUCCGGGAUCCGAGACGUUUACACCAUGACAGCCAGCCACGAUAACAUGCAGCAGAGCUUCUUCCUCUCAGAGACACUCAAGUAUCUGUACCUGCUCUUCUCUGAUGAUGACCUUCUCCCUCUGGAGGACUGGGUCUUUAACACAGAAGCCCAUCCGCUGCCCAUCAUCCGCAAGAGCUGCCAGCAGGACGAAGCGACACAGGACAAGACGGUCUCCGAAUGAGACUGAACGCUACCAACAACUGAGACGGACACAUUUGCACAGUUCAUGUGUACACACAGAGUCACACAAAUAUGGCAAAACACCAAUCCAAUGCAGGUUCAGAGUCUUUUCAGGAGCGUGUUGUGGACUCUCGAUUCCUUUCCAGUAAAGGACGCCAUCGUUUUACGCUGUGAUUGUAUAUCCUUGCGCCGGGGUUACUUCCUGCUGGCAAUUCUUUUCUUUUUUUUGUGGACAAUCAAGACAAACAUGACUUUCAUGAAAAGAGCACCUUUUUCUUUCCUUCUUUCCUCUGUGAGGAAACCAGUAUAACUUGCAGACCCAAAUGUAAUGGGAGGAGGGUUGAACUAUGGGCCAUAUUGUUAGAAAGAGAGAGAAACGUACAGAAGACAACUUGAGAGUUUUGCUCUUUGAGUUUGUUGUUUCGUUAAUCUUAAGUGAUGAAUGAUUUCCUUAUAUUGUCAUUGCAUUUUUUUUUUUCCUUUGUGAGUACACUCUUUGACCAAAGGUUUCUUUGCAUUUCCCUCUUUCCAGUAAUGUGUUUUUGGUGAGUUUUGACCGAAAGUUAAAUUUACAAGGCUUGAAUUGUAAUGAAUAUUGAUUAAUGUACAGACAAACACGAAAUGUGAUUCUCAAAUUCACCUCCAAACUAACGUUGAUGUCAUGUUUCUUACUGAAACAAGCUUGAAUGAAUUUCUUAAAAGUUCGGGGGUGUCAGGAACGUGGCAGUGUCUUAUGCAUCCAGGGACAAUUAAAAAAAUAAUGAUGUUGGGAUGACUUUCCACUGUAUGCUUGGGUUAAUUUGUGUAAAGGGCAAAGCUUUCUCAGUCCUCUCAGCCUUUCAAAUCAAAGUUACAAACGGAGUCGUGUCAGUUCUGUGGCUGUAAUACAUGCAUAAAGGGAAAAGAACACAUUUGCGCCAGCUCCAAAUGAGUUUUCCUGUUUCUGUUGUAGUUUUUUCUGCUUCACCCUGCCUUUAUAUGUGAAUCUAUACAGCUGCCAAUACUGACGUCAAAGGCUGUGAGCCAGAGAGCGGAGAGAUUUCAUUUUCAUCACUGUUCUAUUCAUCACUGCUGUCCUGCACAGUUAUGGAGCGAAUGUGCUGUACAUACAGAUGAAGUGAAUGACCCCUGUAUGAGCUUGUCUUGAUACUUAAUUUGUGAUCUUUUUUUUUUUUUUUUUUUUUUUUUCUAAACUUCAGUGGUUAUUUUUUUUCUGGGUUCUCGUUUGAUUUGCUUCCCUCAGGUGUUUCAGUAAAAAAAAAAAAAAACUAAAAUGUUCUGACUUUAAGUCUAGUUAUCGCUGAUAUUAAUUAUUAUUACUUAUUCUUACUGUUUGAUUUAACUUUCAUUGUUGGAUAUUUUCAAAUACUGAUAAAAAGACCUGUGCAACUUUGUACAUU